CCUCUUGUUUGUUGUAGUUGAGAAACACAAAUUAGGAAAUGCAAAGAGGGAUUAGUGGCGGGUGGAGCCCAUCAAUUUUCUGGCCCAUGUUGUCCAGUGGUUAUGACUCAUUCUUACCAAUUUUUGUGUUUUGAAAUUCAAUAAUCAAAACGGUUUUACAGGUAAUGAGAUGAUUGCUACGUCAAUUUUCCAACGAGUCAAUCGAGUAAUAACACCACUGCAAACAAGGACUUUCUUUGCUUCCCUCUGCCCCCACCCACCCACCAAAGAUCAACCACACAAUGUCCCCACACCUGCUUUGAAUAAGCCAGGGACAGGUAGACACCCAUCCGGCCCCCAGCAGAUGAGAGAUAAGCGCAGGAGAGAAGCACGCACAAUCUCACUUUGUCUGGUUUUCAAAGAUCUACACAGAAGAAGGUGGAAAAUCAACGAGAUUUUCCCAGAUGUCUCCAAAUGGAAGAGCGCACUUGUUCCUGCUCAUAAUGGCCUGCACAGUCUUUGCUACUGUGUGUCCAGCUGGGCCUCCAGAUGUGAUGUCUGCAGAUAACACUGCCUUCAUCGCCAAAAAACUGAUGGAGAAAUGCUACGAAAAGGGAUGCCCUUUGCCUAAGAUGCCCAUGUUGAAGACUAUCUUCAAUAACAGUGACCUGUUAGAAGGAGGCAGAACUGCUGACCAGUCCAACAGCCUCCUGUCCACCUUCCUUGAUACCCUGGAUAUGGUCACUGGAGCCACAGGCAAAAACUCACAGAGUUCACGCCCCGUGAAUGCUGCUGAGACCAGGAUGUGGAAUUGCAGUAACCUUCCCGCUGUGAUAAGGAUGAUGAAGAACUCCCCAGACCCAUCCAGGUGCUACAUGGAAGCUUUUGUGGCCCCUAUGUCCUGGGCCAUGGUGACGGCACAGCGUGAAGACUACUUUAACUCCAGUGACUACAGCACGCUGCUGUGGGCGUCCAAACCUGUGCUGCAAGACGUGCCCUCUGCAAGAAUGAGGCUCCCUGCCAGAGUAGCCAAGCAAAACAUGGGACCUAUGAUGAACAUGCUGCAAGAAGUGUACGCCUCCAUGAGCGAGGAGCAAAGGGCUGAGGUGUUCACCUGGGCCAAAGAACAAGUCCUGCAGAACAACUUCAGCUGCACAAUGAGGCCAUCCUCUGGUCCAAGAUCAACGAUGCUGAAACCCUGCUCACCAGCUGUGAAGUGGCUGGAUUCUGAGACGCUGACCAUGAUGGGGCCGUUCCUCUCCAGUUCAAAGCCGGACGAUUUAGAUUCCUCUCCAACAGACACUCUGUGUGGAUUUGUCCUCUCAGGCCAGCUCAAGUCCAACAGGACCACCAAGAUGAACCCCAGCCUGGGAAAGACAUUCCUUCAGAAAAUUCAACAGUGCCCCAAAUUCUCAGAGAAUGUUGAUAAGCUUGGUCCUCUGGCUUGUUAUUAUGAUGCUACAGGCUUGAAUAGCGACAGCAGCAAGAAACUCCUUUCUCAGCUGGAUGACUGCGACGGCCCCACAGUCUCCCAGCUGAAGAAGCGCCUCGUGAACAGCGUGCUGGUCGGUUCCAGCAAGGCUAAAGAUCUGCGUGAUCUUGGCACGAGCGUUACUUUGCUGUCACCCAAACAACUGUCCGAAGUCUCUGCAGAAAAUCUCAAAGCUGUUUUUCAAAACCUGGAGUCCAACGUGAAAUGGUCCAGGAGCCAACUGCGCACUCUGGUCAAGAAGCAGCUGGGAGAGAACAAGUGUGACGGGCUGUCAGGUCAGCAGCUGAUGGAGCUCCAGUCCAUCGCGGCCGGUUUGCCAAGCUGUGCUUUAAAGAAUGUGAAACCGCGGGAUGUCCUGAACGACACGGAAACCUUGAAGACCAUCUCAAAGCAAAUGAGGAAAGGGCAGCUGAAGGCCAUGCUGGAAACGCUGAGUGGCGAAGUUCCUCCCUCGGAGCUGGUGCGGAAGUUGGCCGGCCCUUUGCUUCGUAGCGUUUCUCUUAGGAAUCUGGCAAAAGCAAACAUCACCUCUUUGGAUGAAGUGGAGAAUAAAACCUGGAGUCUGCCACAGGCUGCCUACCUGGCGAAGAAGAUGCAUGACCUGAAGAAGCUCCAGUACAGGAGGCUGAACUCCGUCCUUCAGGGCCUAACCUGCGAGAUGAUGGAUGAAGUUAACGGCAGCAGCGUGAUGGAUAUGGCUCAAUCCAUAACGGAGACUCCACAGUGGCUUUCCAAAGUCCAGGCACAAUGUGCUGCGCGAAGGUUUUUUAAGGCUUUGGAGAAAGAGAGGACGGAUUACUUCCAGAACAUCACCGUGCCGGAGCUUGAGAGGAUCCCCACCAUGCUGCUGCUUCAUUUGCCGCCUUCAGCGGUGAAGCAGUUGCCCGACUCGGUGUGUCAGGUCUUCCUGGACAUGAUGGAGACAGCCAACCUGACCUCCCUGCCUCCGCGCGCCCCAUCGCGUGCCGCACUCACAGAAAGAGCUCUGCUUUGCCUGCCUAAUGGGGGGAACAUGUCCACCUUGACCAGCUCAGACGUCUCGAGGCUCGGCCCGCUCUUGUGCGAGCUGAAACCCUCCACGCUGCCCCUCAUGGCGCCUGAAGUGCUGGACUUCAGCCUCCGGGCCAUGGCCUCCUGUGAUCACAUUCCUCAGCCACACAGGGCAGAUCUGAUCCGACUGGUCAAGCAGGUGUUCGGGAAUCUCUCUGAUUGGCCGGCUGAGACGCUGGAAUCAGUGGGCCCCCUCGUUCUGUUGGAUGACACUGUCGCCUCCACUUUGCCAAAUAAACCUUGGAUGAAGGAUGUUCUUGUUUUCCUGAAGCCGCGCCUCACCCAGAUUUCAGAUGCACUGAAAAAGAAGAUCUUUGAUCUCACUGUCGCCGCCGCCGCCGCAUCAAGCCCGGCACGUAAAAGGCGAGCAGUCGCUGGGGAUUCUUCCAGCAAUCUUACAGAACCCACACAAGCAGUUAUUGAAGAGCUGGGACUGAACAAUGUGUUCUGGACUCCAACGAAGCUGCAACAGAUGUCCAGCAGCACAUUCCUGGCUACCUUAGACGUGCUCGGGUCGGUCCCUGGUUACAGCUCGGACCAGCUGAGAGUGCUCUAUAAAAAGGCAGUAGAGGCAUUUGGCCCUGUGUUAAGAAUGAAUGAGACCGUCGUCGUUCAGCUGGGCUGCAUAAUGCAGAGCUUCUCCAACUCCGAGCUGGAAAUGCUUCCCCUGUCGCUGGACGGCCUGGACGACGUGGCCGCCUGUGGCUGGAACCAUUCACAGUUGUCUUCGGUGUGGAAGGGCGUCGCUAAAUAUAACAACCUGACAGCGGCGCUGCUGGGAUCUGCAGAGAUGGUCCAGCUGGGCCGGGUCGUCUGCGGCCUGAAUUCCAGCGAGAUUGGUCAGCUCAGGGUGGCUGCCUUCAGCGACGCAGUGGGCUCCAUGGAGGGUCUUCAGUGUCCCGCUGAGGUCUUACGGCAGCUGAAAGACGUUGCUGUGUCUGCCUUUGGAGUUCCCAGCAACUGGACUCAGGCUCAGGUUUCUGACCUGAACUACAUCAUCGCCGGUUUGAACGCAACUGAAAUGGCCUCCCUGAGCCCCUCUGUCUUCCCCUUCAUCAGCAAGAGCUGCAUUCCCCAAAUUGCUCCUGAAAACUUUGCAGCCCUCUCCGUCACUCAGCUGGCGGCCCUCGGCCCCGACAACGCCGCCAUGGUGACCGGCGACCAGCGAGGAGCUCUGACAGAGUUACAGCUGAGCGUUCUUGAAAGGGCCACUACCGGUGCCCAGGAGGAGCAGACGCAGGCCCAGCCCACCAAGUCAGGCGCUCCUGUGAUGACUCUGGAGGGACUGGCCACCUUCAUGAAGCCUGCUCUCUUCCUCUUAAUUGGGUUCCUUCUGCUCUAGAAACGGAUUCAUCACAUCCUGCUGCCAAAACAGCCAGAGCCUCAACACGGGUCGUCUUCAUGAAGCACCUUUCCCCAAUAUCUAGAUUAUGUUUUCAUCGUAGUUUCUUCCUAAAUUAUUUGCACGGUGUAAUUGAAGGGCUGUGUAUCAGUGGUGUGCUUUGUAAACUGUAGAAGGGUUAUGGCUAAGCUUUAAAUAUCUUAUCAUAUUGUAAGAGAGUCUAUUUUAUUAGAAUGAAUGCUGUCUAGAAUGGAUCCAGGAGGAAUCUCCACCAUCAUGGAGCCUGUUCCGUUUCUUCUUCUCACAUCCUGCGGCCAAAGCAGCCCAAACUUUAGCUGAACUUAUCCUCACCAAGACGUUCUGUACCAGCCGGUUCCUCUGGGUCUGUAAGGGUGUUCUUACCGUUAAUCAUAGCAGAUGAUCCGGUUAUUGCAAAGCUUUAUUUUAUUAAAUGCAUGUUCAUAGAGUAUAUUUUAUUAGAAUGAAAAGGAAUAUUUUA